UAUUCUAUGAUGAUUAAAAACUCAACUCCGUACAUAGCACACAUUAGCGGGUAUGUGCGUUUGGAGCAGUGUAAAGACCCAGAAAAAAAUAAGGUGCUGAAUUUACACCUGAAUCCAGAAAAGUUAAAUCCGUUUCAGAAAAAACAAGAAAGCAUUUUAUGUACCAACUGCCUAAAAGACAGAUGUAAUUACCAACCUAGUAUGGUGAGUAGUUCAUAUAGCACUAUAACGGAUAGAAGCGACACUACAUUGACAAACAAUGGUGUCAAAGUCAUUCCAUCACAAAAUUUUAAGAACCUUCGCAGCAAAUUUGAGAACACGGAGAAACAAGAUAAUAUAAAGAGGGUGAAAAACCUUGAAAAUAGAAGACAAGAAAAAUAUGUGAAGAAACUCAUCUCUUUCUACAACAGUCUACAGGAGAAAGACAAUAUUAAAAACUUGGGUGAGGGUGAUGGAUAAAAUAUUUUAUACACACACCCUCCACCC